AUGCUGGUGGGCGCAGUAGAUCGACUUUCGAUCAUUCCAACACAAGCCCUAGAUAUGAGAACAAGAUUUAUGGAUAAAUUACAAGAGCAACGUUAUGCACAUUUGCCUGCCUCACUAGAUUUUCCUGGAGGAGCCAUGGACGCAGCCAAGGGUAUCCUUCGCGGUAUCGGAUUCGCCGUAUGGGGAGUCGUAUCGGCUCUGCAGAAUCCACGCUUGAUGAAGGACUACACCCAAUUCGCCAAGUCGAUGGGCGUUGUGCUGCUCGCGCUCUACUCGGCAGCCAUCGUGCUACUCUUCUUCGCCUUGCCCAUCGUGGUAUUCGUGCCGGGUCUCGCUCUCCAGCUGCUGGCCCUCAUCCCCUACUGGGCCAUCUCCAUCACCAAAUCACGCUCCCCCGUCUCCACCAACCUCCUCUUCUUCGACGAGGUGCGUGAGGUGAACCCUUCGCUGUACCGGGAGCUCAAAGAUGCCUCUUCCGCGACCAAGGGCCGUGCCUGGGUGAGCGGCGUGAAGGACGACGUGCAUCGAUCGUGGCACUUCACCCGCUACUCGCUCCUCCUCUUGGCCUUCUCCAUCGUUCCCGUCGUCGGACCCAUCGUCUCGUUCUUCGGCCAGAUUGUCCUUGUGACGAACCGGCUGGGGUGGAAUCUGCUGAGCGUCUACACCCAGGACUGCAGGAAGAUGAACUACCGCCAGCAGAAGGACUGGAUGCGCACCUACCGAUGGCUCAUCUUCGGGUUCACUCUGCCGUUCGCGGUGCUGACGUCGGUGCCCUUUGUGGGUCCGUUGCUGAUGGGCCUGGCCGAGGGCGCGUCGGUCCACCUGGUGGCCCACAUCGUGAGCCGCGACCCGGGCCAUCGCACGUGGCGCGACCACCACAAACGCGAGAAACGCGCCGACGCACAGGAGGAGGUCAUCCCCGCACUCUCCGCCAGCGGUCUCUCGGCCCGAGAUGGUACCACCACGCGGGACACAACCGCUCUCUCACGCUCUUGA